AUGCUGGAACAGUACUCGAGGAAGGAUAACGUAGAAGUCAGCGGGCUACCUGUCACCCAAAACGUGGACGUCUUCGAUGUGGUGAGGGACCUCGGAGCUGCGGUGGGUGUGGACAUCCAACAGCAGGACAUCUCAACAGCGCACCGUGUUCCUUCAUACCAGAGAGACCGCAUCCCGUCACUGGUAGUGAAGUUUGUGAGGAGAGCAACCCGGAACAAACUCAUCGAAAAAUACAGGCAGAAGAAAACAGCGAUGACAGCCAGAGACGUCAACCCUGCUUUACCGAUGCGAAGGAUUUACAUCAACGAACACUUGUCGCCGGAUAAUAAGGUAUUCUUGUCAAAGUUGAAAACAAAAUGUAAAGAAAUAGGUUUCAUGUACGCAUGGUGCAGGGACGGAAAGUUCUUUGUCAGAAAGUGUAAGGGUGAGAGAUACAUAAAAAUAGACUCGUACAAAGAUUUGGAAAAGCUCAAGUAA